AGAAUUUCUUUUUGAAUAAUGAUUUAAAAUAAAAAUUAUAUAUAAAUCUAUUUUAUUAAGUUAUAUUAAAAUAUUUUGAAGUAACAAAAAACGCUGAGUUGAUCAUUAGUUUUUUUUCUAAAAUAAACGCAUAAUUAAAAUAGGAAAAAGUGAAUGAUAAAAGUUGAAAAGUCUUUGAGGGUAUUAAUAUACCAAAUCUAUUGUUUGGAACAAAUAUUUAAAAUUCUAAACUGUUGGUUGAUCUUGAUUGAAUGGGAUGGAUGAUUUUGGAUCAAUUCCAACAUCUUUUUUCUUCUCAUCAUUCUUAUUUUCAGCAUUUCUUUUUUUUUCGGUUCAACUUAUAUAAUAAUGAUUAGAUAAAGGUAAAUUAUUGCUAAGAAAAUAGCCAUUACUUUUUCAUAAUCAUAUUUGAUGUUUACUAUCAGGAUUAGAAGAUGGCUCGAAAGAAAAUUUUUAUCUAACCGUAGCUUCAAUAGUAGAUCAAGCUGAUGAAAUUAAAUUUCCAACUUGAUAUGAAGUUCCAACAACAAAUGAUCGAAAUUCUGCAGGUGAUAAUUCAAUAAAAUGUAUACGUAUAACAGGCCAACCUCCUUCUACACAUAAUUGUUGAAAAAAUGGUCGAAAGAUAAUAUUUGGUAUGCCCUAAGUAGACUUAUAAGUAAUAUAAAUGGUUGAAUGAUUAGUAAUCGAAGUGAUGGUGCUUUUCAUAUAUUAGUUGGAGUACCAACAAAUACAACACAACGUGAUCUACGUGGAGGAUCAUAA